AGAAAGGGCGAGCGAAGCAGAGGAGUUUCCGUUAUCCACAUUGUCAAUAUCUCUCUUGGAAAUUAAAGAUAGAAAAAACCCCAGUUUCAAUCAAGAAUUUAUUUCCAGGAUUAAAUCGUUAGGGUUUCCUUAUUUUGAAUCCAAAUUCGUUUAUCAAUCGACUUUGGUUGCAAGAAAAAAUGGUUUCUGAUUCAAUCACCAACGCUUCGAUUCCAUCUAUCCCCAACUCCAAGGAUUUCGCCAAGAAAAAGAGGACCAAUAGGUCUGCCAAAUUGAAGCAGUGCAAGCUCGACGCUCGUCGCGAGCAAUGGCUUUCGCAAGGUGCGGCGAAGAGCAAGGGAUGCAAGGACGGAUUAGGGGAUGACCGGAAGGAGAGGGACCGGGCGUUGGAAAAUUCAAGGCAAAGAGAGGAGGACAAUAAUAACGACAGAUCGAUCCAUCAUGAGAGUGAUUCAGAGUCCCCGUCGAACAGCCCUGUUAACAGCCUCUUAAGUGGCGCAGGAACGGAUUCAGCUACGAAUUUCGGUGGAAGUAGUGGCAGCAGUAGCAGCAGCGGUAGUAGUGUUUGCUGUAGCAGCACUGGUGGCUGUUGCUCUGGUAGCAUAACGGAAGAGGAAGAGGAAGAUGGUUGUUUGGACGAUUGGGAGGCUGUAGCCGAUGCUCUUGCCGCGGAUGAUGAUAACAAUAACAAUAAAACGGAAGCGGAACAUGAUAAUCCCUGUUACCAAUCACCCUCUGAGAGUCAAUUAAGUGUUCAGUCCGAUUCUCUGCAUGAUUUGACCAGUGAGUUUGGUUUAGAUUCUGUGAAUUCAAUGCCUGACAGUGCGAGAGCUGGGUAUAAUAAGCGGGCAUGGAGACCGGAUGAUGCUUUUAGACCUCAGACACUGCCUAAUUUGGCAAAGCAGCGGAGUUUUCCUGCUUCGGAUCGGCGUUUUGUUCCAGGUGGGGUUCCAUGGACUUGCAACAAUGUUUUAACAGUGCCCUCUUCUUGUCCUAUAUGUUGUGAGGAAUUGGACUUCACAGACACGAAUUUUUUGCCCUGUUUGUGCGGUUUCCGACUCUGCUUGUUUUGUCACAAGAGGAUUCUUGAGGAGGAUGGGCGGUGUCCUGGCUGAAGGAAGCCAUAUAAGCGUGAUGAAAUUGAGUCGGAGGCAAGUGUGCAAGGAGGCAGCCUGACAUUUCGGUUGGCUCGUUCUUGUAGCAUGAUUGCGAGGUCUUAAGUAGAGGAGAUGUCUUCGUCCCUGUUUUCUUGAAUUAAGUAUGUUGGGUCUAUCUUUUUCGUGUGUCUUUUAUGUUGUUAUGUUAGUGUUAGACUCAUUUCAUAGACACUUUAGAUGUUGAUAUAGGGUUAUUGUGUUUUUGCACCCGGGAAUUGAGCUGCUUCUCUUAUGAGUUUGGUUCUUAUCUGUAUGGUGCAUGUGUUAAUGUAGAGGACUUAUGUUGCUAUUAUGUGGAUAGAUAAGGUGGUAUAGAAAUUGAAUACAUAAAAAAGUGAUUAUAAUAA